AAAGCAGUGGGAGACUCCAAGGCCCAUAAUGCAACACGCUAAAUUUAGUUUACUUCGGGCGGGUAAUGCUGUGAUUCGAAUUCUCUUUGAAAUAUGUCGAUAACGAAGGACUAUCUUAGUCACAAAAUGAAAAAUACAGCAGAAAAUAAUGGGGACAGUAGAGCACAUACAAUACCAGAAUACUAUUCCCCAAAGAUUAAAGAGACUCCAAUGAAACCGUCUCAGACCACCAACCACAUAGACCUGCCUAGAAGAAGAUUGCCACUCUCAAGUCCCGACUUGUACCAGCACCACCAGCUGCCAUCGCAGCACCAACUCCCCAGUCCUUUGUCGCAAAUUUCCUCACCAGAGUCGCAGCGCCGGGAACAAUGUCCUUCCUUUCUUCGGAUGCCGUUCGGCUCAUCGGCCCACUACCGCAAGACGAAUUCAAGUACUUGCUCUCUAUUACAAAACGUCAGUAGAGAGUCCAAAUCCAGGGCGGUGUCGGACUCUGGACAAAGACUACUACUGUCAGCGAAGGAAAGUUUGCCACCACCUCGAAAUGAAAAAUCCAUUACAGCCUUGUGCUUUACGCACCCUCAGAAACGCCACAGGGAGUGUGAGGACGGCGUUGUCAAAAAGCUUUGUCUCAAGUCUUCAGAAUCACCUUCCCAAAUCGCAGAUGAACUAUCCACACAAUCACCUUGGACGCCGUCCGAACUGACUGUCAAACAACCUUUUUUAGGAGUAAUGCAGCUCAAAAUAAAUUCCUUCGACGGUAACAUCGCCUCCUUGCAACCUUUAUCCAAGGGAGACGUUUCCAAGAAAAUGCCCAAAGAACUCAACGGAAAGGAAAAAGCUCAAACUGACCACACGAAGGAAAUCAAUUUACUUCAGAAACCCCAACAAAAGUCUUCCGAGUUGUCAAUCACGACUCCGAAACUGGAAUCGCAAGGCGUUCCUCACCAUUCGCCCACCAAGUCAAAUCAUUUGCUGACCAAACAAAGAAAGGCGCACCAACGAAGAAGGACGACAUACAUUCCCGACGACUACGAUCAAUUGUUCACCCCGGACGUCAUCCUCAGCCCUUUCCCGAAGAGCACACAGUCCAAAUGCGAUGACGGAAAUCCAGAAUGCAAGAAUUCCCAGAGCUCUUUUACUAAAAUGAAUAAAUUUGCUUCUCCUGCGGAAGAGUUGAUCCCAGCGAAACACUGCCAUAUUUCCUCACCUUACGUUUCGGAAGAUAUCGAAUAUAAACCCAUUCCUGCUGAAUCCAAAAUGAAUUCUCCACACAAGUGCUCGACAGAUGAGGGGCUGACACCCAAAGUGUUUGCUUCUCCUGCGGAAGAGUUGAUUCCAGCGAAACACUGCCAUAUUUCCUUACCUUACGUUUCGUUAGUAAGGCUAAGGAUUGAAGAUAUUGAAUAUAAACCCAUUCCUGCUGAAUCCAAAAUGAAUUCUCUACACAAAUGCUCGACAGAUGAGAGACUGACACCCAAAGUGUGCACACUGCCCGCGAUUCAAAGCAAUUCUGACGAGGAUCUGGAUUUAAGCCUCGGUAUCACUUUCCAAUCGGACUCGAGCCAAGCUUCCAAAAGCAGCGACGAAGACCAGCUGUUGUCCUUGGAGAUUAUGAGCCAGGUUUUGAAGGUUCCACCUAAAUCAGAGAUAUCUGGUGGAUUUUCUAGUGCCUUAAACACGCUGACAAUCUCAGAAAGACAGGUGUACAACAGCCUGGACAAGUUGCUGGAAGAGGUUGACACCCGAAAAAAGUCCAAAGAAAAUGAGGCCCAACUUCGUACGGCGUGCGACAAAGUACUCAUGGAAGUAGCCGAGUACCACGAGGAGGAAAACUGCGUAAAGGAUGUAGACAAACAAUUGGAAAUACUGCAGCGUGACUCGUUGGAUUCCAGUAGGAUCAGAGAGGUGCCGCCGGGGGAAGAGGUGUUCCACCUACACAAGUUCGGUCAAAUCUUCAAUCAGGAUUCGCUGCAGCUCAGACGGUGCUCCGUCAAACCGCAGAACAACAUGCAGAAAAUUAUUCUCAGGUCCAGCCCAGCUCUGCUGAAACAAUAUGUGAACACGGGCUCGUUCCAGCGAGAAUUCAGCUACAACUCACCCUGUCCCACGCAAGUGUCCCAGUUCCUCUUCAAGAUGAUGUCUGUGCAUUCUGACUGGAAAUUUUCUGACAAAAUACUGCAGGUUCUCUGUGAAACGGCCAAAUCUGCCACCUAUAAUACUGUGAAAAACAAGAACGAGGCGUUUACCGUGUGGAUUCCCACUUUGGCAGACAUAACGUUGGUGCUGAUGAACAUGGGCGUGUCGUUUGUCACGCUAUUCCCGCUUGAAAAUCUGCAGCCCCCAUUCACAGAGAGAGAUAUACUUACAAAUGUUGAUAUUCAAACUGAAUGGACUUUUGGCAAUGAGCGAGGGGAAAUAUUUCCAGAACACAACUGCAGAAACAGCUUCGAGUACCUGUCGUGCUGCCUGAGCCUGUGCACGUACGCAUACGUCGACGACGAGCUUCUCUUGCUGAUGACCAUGUGUGCUCGAGUGGCUCUCGACACAAACAUCAUCUCCUUGGGCGGUGUGAAGAUUGACACUCUGCUGGAAAAGAUAGUCAACAAUGUUAGGGACUGGGACACCAUGCUCCCCAGAAUCUGCCGGGCACUCACUGACCUGACGGAUGACCACCUCAACAUGUGCUAUCUGGUUCAACUGCUGCCUAACAGCCACCACCAAUUCCUUCGCCAGCAUCUUAGUCUCUCCAUGAUCUCCAAACUUUUAGACAGGACUUGUCAAUACAAACCAACUGGAGAGGAAAUGAAGCUCACUGCGCUGCAGCCGUACGUGCUGAGAAUGCAACCCUCGUCCCUCCACAGUUUCAUUUCGAGCAUCUGCAACGAGAGUUCCUCGGAAGACGACGCAAAUUUUUCGGAUCGGCAGUCGUACGACCUUUGCCACAGCCUGCUCACAUUGACAAGCCAAGCCUCUAAUUUCGAGUCAUUCCCGACGCAUCAGAAAGAACAUCUGCUGACUCUCUCUUCUGAUUUGAGAACUCGCGUCGGGUGUAACAUUAGAACAUCUGAAAAGUGUUUGUACAAGAGCAAGGUGAAUGAUCUGCUGACCAGGAUCUACACCAAGUGGCAGAUUGUCCUUCAGCAGAUGCAGCCUCCUCAUUCUAAGACUCGAGACUAUUUGAAGCCAUCGUCCAUUGGAACAUUACCGCACCGCUGCCAGGAAACAUACAUUGUUUCCGGCAUGAGCACUAGAGUUAAAAUGGAAUGCGAAACAAUAACAACAACAACAGAUGAACCGGGACGAGCACCCAUCCAACAGUAGUUGAACACCUUAAUUUUACAACCCCGUUUUGCACUGCUAAGCCUGUUAAACUUGAAUUAUUGACUCGUUCUCUGCUCAAUUAAAAUAUUUUUCUUUGGUAGCGCUUUUCCUACAUUUUCAGUAGGUUCAAUAGAAAACACUAUUUUUCAAAAUAAUGUAGCUUGUUUUAUACAGGCCUGUAGUGUUGAAUUGUAUAAAUUUGCUGUUAACAGUUUGGAUUUACAGAGUUUCAGUGUACAGAAUGUUUUAAUUUGUAAGAGUUUGUAAGAAGUUGAAAAUAAAAGGAAUAUCCUUAUACCUCUGGAUUAUUUUGUUGCUUGUGGCCUUUAACUUAUUCACUAUCAUUGACAGUUCUAGACAUCAAAUCCAUUUCAGAAAAUGUUUAAACCAGGGGUCCCCAAACUUUUUCCUGUGAGGACCACAUAACUUUUUUCUUCUCUGAUGAGGGGCCGGGUCAGUUUGUAACAGAAAAAGUGACGAUUGCAGGAGUGCCUAAAUGUUAAAAUGUAUUGUUUUUCAGAAAGCCACAAUCAAAUAACCCUUUCUGAAUUCUUCACGGAGCAAAAGUAAAUAAAAUAAUAAUUUAAUAUAAUAUAUAGGGCUGUCAAAAUUAUCGUGUUAACGGGCGGUGAUUAAUU